GUUACCGAGUUGUGUGUUUUGGAGGAUUUCAUAUACAAAAACAAAGAAUUUCUAAUUUCUUUUUGUUCUUAAGAGGGAAUUUCUUUCAUCUGAGAUCUUGAGAGAAUUUUUGUGACCCUUUUUUGUCUUUGAUUCACUUUUUUUCAUUAUUUUAUUCACCUUUUUCAAACAAAUUUUCUGGGAUUUAUUGAGGGUUUUUGGAGGGUUUUUCUCAAACAAAAAAGAGAGUUUUUUUUUUCUUUCAUUUUUUUCUUCACCAUGAUGAUGGGUUCUAGGAAAUCUAGAGCCAAACCAAGGCCUCAACCUUUGAAAGAAUCCAAGUUGAUGACAAGAAAUUUGCGCAUAGUUUUUGAUGAUCCUGAAGCAACUGAUUCCUCCGAAGAUGAGUCAAACCAAUCAACAAGAAUCAGAAGAAGCAUCAUUGAUGUUCCUAUCCCUCCUGUUGUUUCUGCAGUAUUAUCUCAAAACAGUUGCUCUGAGAAGCCAAAGAUUGCAACUGCAACAAGGAAGAAGAAAACGUGUCUUUCACCACAAUCUCAAACCAAGAAGAAGGUUGUUUCAUCAACACCAACAACUGCUGCAGCAGUAACAAGAGGGGGACAAUCUUCGGCCAGAUACAGAGGCGUUCGUAUGCGAAAAUGGGGGAAAUGGGCCGCGGAGAUUCGUGAUCCUUUCAAAGGUGCUAGAAUCUGGUUGGGAACUUACAACACUGCUGAAGAAGCUUCUCAAGCUUAUGAAUCCAAAAAGCUUCAAUUUGAAAUGAUGGAAGCCGAAAUGGCUGCAGGAACACGCCUCAAGGGUGGUACUGGUUCUUCUGCUGCAGCCACUCGAGCUUCUGCUGCUGCUUCAAACAACAAUUAUUCUGCCGAUGCUGCUAAUGCGUCUAUGUCGGAGAAAUUCUCGACAACUACUGAAGACUCUCAUAGCUUAUUCUCACAUGGAUCGCCUUCUUCUGUGCUUGAAUUGGAUACCUUAGCAUCAUCCAAUAUGGUUGAGAAGGUUGAUGUUCCAUCGGUCAACAACGGAGCUGCUGCUGAAGGCGAAGCGACUGAAAUGGUGGUUUGUCAACUUGAAGAGCUAGAAAUUCCAGAUCUGAGUCUUUUGAACUUGCCCGAGCCACCCGUUGCUGCUGCUGCAGAGAAUCCUAUUGGGACUGAUCCCAAUCUUGGUUUUGGAUUCGAUUUUGAUCGGUUUAACAUCGAUAAUUUUGAUCUUGGUUAUGAUGAUUUUGAUGAUGACCUUGGCGACUUAAGGGAUCUUCACAUUCAUGGAUUUGAUGACAAUGUGCCUAGUGAGCUUCCUGAUUUUGAUUUUGCUGCUGAUGAUGAAGAAUUUACUGCUUGGUUUGAGGAACCCCUCCAACACAACAUGCCUUGUCCCAAAGUUUUGUAGUCUCUUAGGAGUGAGACUAGGUAGUGGUAGUAGUGAUAGUAGUACUAUGAUGUUCUAGAUUUUGCAUGAUGAUUAUGUAGUUUUGUGAGACAACAUCGGAUCUGCAGAACCAGUUUUUGAUUGCGAGUGAUCAAUCUUAUUAUCAUUUUGAGCUUAUAUUUAUUUAUUACUUAUGUUUAUUGAGGAUUUGUAAUGGUAUUAGUUUGAAUGUCAUACAGGAUCCUUUGGUUUUCUUGUGCUAUUAGAGCCGUCCCAAGGGUUCUUGCUUUUAUUGCUAGUAGUAUGUUGUAAUUUGAAAGUUGUUCUUCUAUUGCAGUGGAUGAAUGAACCUUCAUAUAUUUUCAUUA